GUGGGAGACUCGGCCGUCCCGCCGGCGAGAUGGGGCUGGAGAUAGAGCCGCUGUUCCAGGCCUGGAGCUACUUCAGGCGGAGGAAGUUCCGGCAGUGCUCGGAGCUCUGCUCGCAGCUGCUGGAGGGAGCGCCUGGCGAGCAGGAGCACGAUACUGGAUACUCUGCAUUUCAGGCUGCCUGGAGCCUGAAAACACGAGCUUUAACAGAAAUGGUGUAUGUGGAUGAAAUCGAGAUGGAUGAAGAAGGAAUAGCAGAGAUGAUGCUAGAUGAAAAUGCCAUUGCUCAAGUCGCACGACCAGGAACAUCUUUGAAACUCCCUGGAACUAGCCAAGGUGGAGGCCCCAGCCCAGCAGUUAGGCCAGUAACUCAGUCAGGAAGACCUAUUUCAGGAUUUGUGAGACCAAGUACACAAAGUGGACGGCCAAGUACUAUGGAACAGGCUAUAAAAACACCUCGAACAGCUCUCACAGCUCGUCCAAUCAGUAGUGCUUCUGGGAGAUAUGUCAGGUUAGGAACGGCUUCAAUGAUAACAAACCCAGAUGGCCCUUUCAUAAAUGUGUCUCGACUGAAUUUAUCAAAAUAUGCUCAAAAACCUGAACUGGCAAAGGCACUGUUUGAAUAUAUUUUUCACCAUGAAAAUGAUGUAAAAAAUGCUCUAGAUUUGGCAGCCCUUGCCACUGAGCAUGCACAAUUCAAGGACUGGUGGUGGAAAGUCCAAAUUGGGAAGUGCUUCUAUAGGUUAGGAUUAUAUCGAGAAGCUGAAAAACAAUUUAAGUCAGCUCUCAAGCAGCAGGACAUGGUUGAUACAAUCUUGUAUUUGGCAAAAGUGUAUUUGCGUUUGGAUCAACCUGUAACAGCACUAAACCUUUUCAAGCAAGGAUUAGAACGAUUUCCAGGAGAAGUGACUCUUAUUUGUGGAAUUGCCAGAAUCUAUGAGGAAAUGAACGAUAUCUCUUCAGCUGCAGAGUACUAUAAAGAUGUCUUAAAACAGGACAAUACUCAUGUGGAAGCCAUUGCGUGCAUUGGCAGUAACCGUUUUUAUUCUGACCAGCCUGAGAUAGCUCUACGGUUCUAUAGACGGCUCCUGCAGAUGGGUGUUUAUAACUACCAGCUUUUUAACAAUCUGGGCCUCUGUUGCUUCUAUGCCCAGCAGUAUGAUAUGACGCUAACUUCAUUUGAACGUGCACUGUUUUUGGCUGAAAAUGAAGAGGAGACAGCAGAUGUGUGGUACAACUUGGGACACGUGGCUGUGGGGAUAGGAGACCUGAAUCUGGCUUACCAGUGUUUCAAACUGACGUUAGUCAACAAUAAUGACUACGCAGAAGCUUACAACAACUUGGCUGUGCUGGAAAUGCAAAAAGGUCACAUCGAACAGGUUGGUGUUAAAGAUGUGCCUAAGCAGAAUGCUUCCUCUGGCCUGCUUGCACAUGUCAGUAAGGCAAGAGCUUUGCUGCAGACUGCUUCAUAUUUAGCACCUCAUAUGUAUGAGCCCCAUUUUAAUUUUGCAAUACUCUCAGAGAAGGUUGGAGAUUUUCAGAGGAGCUACAUGGCAGCUCAGAAGUCACAGGAAGCAUUUCCAGGCCACGCUGAUACACAGCAACUCAUCAAACAACUAAAAGAACGCUUUGCUAUGCUCUGAUGGCAUAUUUUCAGUCAUGUAAAAUCAGCUUAAAGUUAGCCAGAGUUAAUGUCCCAUACAUUUUAUUCUAAGUAGGUAAAAUGUACUUAAUCCAUUCCUGUUGCAAAACCUAUGCUACUUAGAGUAGCAGGAAAGGUUUGAGAGUCCUCAUUAGCUUCUGUUAUCUUAAAACACAUGAUUUAUCAAAACACAGCUAGAAAACAUUUCACUUACAUACAACUGAGAACACGGAAGUGGCAGGAUGUUGCCAGUAUGAAAACUUCCAAAUAGUUAUCUGAUCUAUUAACAAAUAAGUCUGCAUUUAAUAUUAAUGAACAUCUCUGAAGAUUUUUUCUGACUUUUCUGCAGAAAAAGAAGUUUUUAAGUAUUCUUGUGUGACAAUCUGUUGAGCCGCAGAGAAUAAGAAUACUUCAUAACAAGUCUUCAGACUUGGCUUUUGAUAGAGUACUUUCUAACUGAACGUUAGGUUUUAAAGCUAUGGUAACAAAAAAUGUGUUUGUUUGGUAUAGAGAUAAAACAGAAGUUCUUAUAUUCCUUGUUGUACUUUAUGAAUCAAAUAAAUUCCAAUUUGUAUGGUU